AUGUUUGAGUGUCGUCUGGAUGGGAUGUUUUUGAGGCGUCUUUUUGAGGCGCUUCGUGAGAUUUGCAACGACAUUAGCAUAGAUUGUACGGAAGACGGGUUAUCUAUGCAGGCUAUGGACAAUAGCCAUAUCUCAUUGAUCCACCUGUGUUUAGCUCCUGAUUUCUUCCAAUUAUAUAGAUGUGAUGAACCGUGUACGCUCGGUCUGAACAUAUCUUUCAUGUUGAAGAUUCUUGCUGUCGUUCGUGAGAAGAGUGUAAUUUAUUUAGCCCGUGGUGACGACAGUGAGGACCCUAUGUUGUUCGUGCGUAUUAUCGAAUCUGGUAGCUAUGACGGUAAGUUAUAA